UUAGUUACAAAAUCAUGAUUUUAAGCUCAUGGUUCAUAAGUCUUGGUUUGUAAACCUUGUAGUUUGUGCAGCACUCCAGUAAAAUGGCAAAUUCUUUGUUUUAUCUGAUUUUAUCUAAUUUUCCAAUGAAGUUAUUCAGCCUGUAAAGCAUAGUAUAUCCUAUAUCUUAGAUGUAUAUAUGAUUAUUAAAUUUAGGUCUGAACUCAAAAGAAAGUUUAUCUAACACAAAAAUAUUUAGAUGUAUAAAAAAUUUCCUGCACCUUUUAUAGCAUAAAUCAAGGCAAAUGCUACAUAUCACAGAGGGAGGUCCACCUGUUGUCCACACAGUAGCUGUUCACCCUCCCCUCACUAAGCCCCUUUCUCUCCACUUCCAACCUAGUUACUCCUGGUAACAAUCCAUUGUUAUUUCAUUAAUUUUGCUAUUGGAAAACAGGUCGAAAUACCCAUCCUUGGCUCUCUGUGAACCAGUGAUUUCUGUCUUUCUUGGCUUCAUUUUCAUCACUAAUGCUCAUUGAUUCUCUUUGUCUCUCACGGUCUUUUUCUCUCUCUUACCAGAACAUCAACUCACAAAACUGCUUAGUAGGUAGUUAUUUUAAUAAGAAUUUCAACUAUUAGAUGUAUCCAACAGUAUAAUCCUGGGCGGAGGGGAAACAGUGACUGCAGUUCAGGUUUGAGAUUGCUGGUAUGGUUGCUCCCCUCAUUCAGCCAUGGGAACCCCUGGGAAUGAGAACUACUUGCUGGUAUACACUCAUAUCUUCCCAGUACAGUUACUGGCACAUGAUAGACACUCAGUCAAUAAUCGGAGUGGAUAAACGAGUGAUUAUAUAACUAUCUGUCUUGCUUGACGAAGGGAGUUAAAGUUUAUGCUACAACUGUUCAGUAGAUUUGCCUAAGAGCAGACAAGAAUAUGUGAUUUGAGCACUAGAAAUGUUUUCAUCCAGAAAAGGGUUAAAUCUUAUUACAUUAUUUUAUGCACCCAGUUUGACAAGCAUUAUUUGCUCAGAUUAUAUGAGUGAGGAUUGAAUUAAUUAAUACACUGAAGCACUUAGCAAGUUCCUGGCACAUGGUAACACUCAAAAGUACUAGAUAUUAUUGUUAUUAUUAUUAUUUUAUUAAGAGAGAAAAAAUGAAUGAUUGCCUGACAGGAAUGAUAAGUAAUUCUUCUUAGAGGAAAUAAUCCUUACAUCUCAGUGUUGUGUUUGCUAUGGAAGAAAAUAGCAUUAAAUAUAAUUAUAUACAUUUCUUCUAGGAUCACCAUUUUAAAAUAUAAAACUGAUCAUGUCAUAGACCUUAAAAUCCAUCAAAGGCUUGCCGUUGCCUUCAGUAUGAAAUUGGAAGUCUUUAGCAGGACAUGUAAGGCUCUUCAUCGCUUAGUCUCUAAAUUUUAUCUAAUCCAGUUUUAGAAGCCUUUCCUUUAUACCAACCAGGGCAGAAAUCAUUAUCUUAGCCACCAGAACACAGAAUGUUCUUGAUGAGAAGGGCUGGCGGAUUCGGGAACUGACUGCUGUAGUUCAGAAGAGGUUUGGUUUUCCAGAGGGCAGUGUAGUGCUUUAUGCUGACAAGGUGGCCGCUGGGGGUCUGUGCCAUUGCCCAGGCAGAGUCUCUGCGUUACAAGCUCCUAGGAGGGCUUGCUGUGAGGAGGGCCUGCCAUUGUGUGUUGCAAUUCAUCAUGGAGAGUGGGGCCAAAGGCUGCGAGGUCAUGGUGUCUGGAAAACUCCGAGGACAGAGGACUAAAUGCAUGAAGUUUGUGGAUGGCCUGAUGAUCCACAGCGGAGACCGUGUUAACUACUACAUUGACACUGCCGUGUGCCAUGUGUUGCUCAGACAGGGUGUGUUGGGCAUAAAGGUGAAGAUCAUGCUGCCUUGGGACCCAUCUGGUAAGACUGGCCUUAAGAAGCCCCUGCCUGACCACGUGAGCAUCGUGGAACCCAAAGAUGAGAUACUGCCCACCACCCCAUCUCAGAGCAGAAGGGUGGGAAGCCAGAGCCGCCUGCCAUGACCCAGCCAGUCCCCACAGCGUAACAGGGUCUCCUUGGCAGCUGUAUUCUGGAGUCUGGAUGUUGUUCUGUGAAGAUCUUUAAUAAAAUAUUGUACAAAGACAAAAAAAAAAAAGAAUGAUACAGUGGACUUUGGGGACUUGGGGGAAAGGGUUGGAGGGGGUGAGGGAUAAAAGACUACAAAUUGGGUAUAGUAUAUACUGCUCAGGUGAUGGGUACACCAAAAUCUCACAAAUCGCCACUAAAGAACUUAUUCAUGCAACCAAACACCAUCUGUUCCUCAAAAACCUUUGAAAAUAAAAAAAAAUAAAAAAAAGAAGCCUUUCCUUAUUCAGAGUCCGGCUAUGUGUCCCAAGCAUCUGCUAAUCAAAUAUUAUGAGAUUACUUGUACCACAGUACUUAUCAUACUGAAUUGUAUAGAUCUGCUUCUCUGUUCAUCUCCAUAAUUAGACCUCUUGUUUUCCCAGUAUUUAGUGUAGAAAUUAGCAACUUUUUCUGUUUUAGUAAGUGUUCUAGAAUUUGCAGGCCAUACUGUCUCUGUUGCAACUGCUUAUCUCUGCUACCAUAUCACAAAACCAGCCAUGGACAAUAGGCAAAGGAGUGAAUAUAACUGAGUUCAAAUAAAACUUUAUUAGGGGCACUAAAACUUAAAUUUUAUAUAAACACGUGUCAUGAAAUAUUAUUCUUACUUUGAUUGUUUUCAUUCACUUAAAAAUGUAAAAACUAUUUUCAGUUUGUGGGCCAUAUAAAACCAGGCUGCAGAAAAAUUUUGGCCAUUGUGAUAUUUGCCAAUCCUGGCAGAGAAACGGUGCUCAAUCAGUACAUUUCAGUAAAUAAGAAGUGAGUAAAGGGGUGUUUUCACUGAAAUCAUUUUCAAACACAAAGAGAAAAUGUAAAUAAGCAGCUCUUGCCUGUAGUAUAGAGUAAACACCUUAGCAUGAAAUGGAAUAGUCUUUACAGUUUGGUUUGUAGGUAGAUAAUUUUUACCUUCAUCCUUUUUAUUUGACUCCCGGUCCCAGUGUUGUCUGUGCUGCAACUCAUUGACACAACUAAUUGACAUUCUCUGAAAACACCAUGCCCAUUUCUACCUUUGGGCUUUGUGUCUUACAUUUUUCUUUGCUUGGAAUGUUCUUUCAUUCUUUUUAAGUUUUCUUAGUGAGCUAUUAUUUGUCCCCUGAUAUUCAGCUCAAAACUACCUCCUUUGGAAGUGUAGGG